AUGACAAAAUUGUUUUUCAUUAAUUAUGCGUUUGUAAUAAUUUUUUCGUUUAAUUUAUUUGUUAAGUGUGGAGAUGACAUAAGUAAUACUUUUUUUAAAUUUGAAUUUUGUGAAGCUACUUCUACUUUUUCAAGUAUUGGUGAAAAUGGUCUACCACAAUAUGCUGCUGAAAAUGCCUUAACCAGAGGUUCCGGAUAUUGGUGUUCAGAAGGGAAACAUAAUGUUAAUGAUGUCGUUUCUUGGAUAGGCCACUUAAAAAAUGUACGAUCUCUGAAUGGGAUAAUAAUACAUUGGGCCUAUACACCUGGAGAAGUAUCCAUUUUAGCUAGCUAUGAUGGUAACGAACCAUAUGAGGAAGUAGUUCCAUAUCAACUACUUGAAUCUAGAGUUGGAAAUGUUGUACAAAAUAUAAUUUUCAAUCAUGUUAUUAGAGCAAAAUCUAUUAAGGUUAAUAUGAGACAUGCUAUUCAUGAUUAUUUUGGUAUAAAUUUUACCAACGUGUUAGGUUCAAGAGAUCCAACCUUAAGAAUCCAAAGUGGGAUGUCUAGCUUGACACAAGAUCUAUGUUUACAAAUCGAUGAAAAGAAUGAAGUGGUUUUAGAUGGAUGUAUUACUGCUAUAUCCUAUUUAGAUGGUCGAGAUUUGUGGAAAUUAAAUUCUAAAAAUCAAAUAUAUAAUCCAAUUAAUAAUCUAUGUAUAACAUUAAAAGAUAAUUUAAUAGCAAAUGGUGGUAGACUCAUAUUAGAGGAUUGUAAUGCAAGCUUAGAACAUAAUGAUGGACGUAGUAGUUGGCAAUUAUUACCAAAUAAUCAAUUGAAAAUAUUAAGAAAUGGCAAUUUUUGUUUAUCCCAAGAUGGUCAUAAAUCUGGAAGUAUUGAUGUUGCUUUUCAUAAAGAAUGUACGUCUACAUUAUCAUCAGAUAAUAAGAAUCAUUCACCUGAUAAAGUUGUUGAUGGGCUUUUGGACACGUUUUGGGUAUCACAAGAAUUCAAUUUGGAUACUGCUCCAGAUUCAGUGCAUUUUGAUGUAAAUUUAGGUAGUAUAUAUAAAUUACAAAAAGCUAUUAUUGACUGGAAAUAUCCAGCCACCAAAUAUUCAAUCAGUUUAAGCAAUGAUGGUGAAAAUUAUAAGGAGGUUAGUAGUAAUUUAGCGAAUUUUUUAAGAAGUACUAUAAACAAUUUACAUAAUACAGAAGCCCAAUAUAUCAGAUUAACCCUAAUGGCACCGAAUCCUGAGUUCUCUGAAGAAAAUAAAUUAUUUUAUGGUAUAAAAAAAUUUUCUGUAUAUUCUAACAGAAUUAAAUCUAUUGUUGAUGAUUGUGAUAAAAUAAAAGAUACAGAUGAUGCUCGAGAUAAAUACUUUUUUGAGUUUGUAUCUGAAGUGAAUUUACAAGAAGGGAAAGAAUUAAAACGAUUAGAUAAUGAAUUACAACUAUAUGCUGAAAAAAUACAAAAUGAAGCUUUAAAAAUACAAAGUUUAAAUCCUAAAUUAAAAAAGUGUAAGUUAGAAAAAGAGAAAAGACAUAAAGAUAUUAGUAAUAUAAAAAAUGUUAUUCUUAAAAAUAUAUAUGAAGUUAUUAAACAAACGGAAAAUAUUAUAAAAAUGAAUCCAUUAAGUUCUUACUAUUCUACAUCAACAAAAGAAUUAGGACAAACAAGUGAUAAUCCAGCAGAUAAUUGUUUUCAUUUAAAAAAUGCGUUACCUAGUUCUCCUUCAGGUUUUUAUUAUGUAUUAACUACAUGUUCUCAAAAUGUGUUAAGAGUAUUUUGUGAUAUGAAAAUGGGUGCUACAUAUUAUAUUCCAUCUGUUGACAAUAAAAUUAUUAACAAAUUAAAAGAUGUUGAAAAUGUAUGUGCCACAUAUGGAUUGAAUCCUAUUCAUUUAUAUCAUGAAAGUCAAAUAUAUACCUUAAGAAAAGUAUUUGAUACUAUGGAUAUAAACAUAACAAAUCCAGUUCCUUUAGCUAUUCGUAAAGAAGAUUCUGAGUUUUAUUAUUCUCUUGAUUUUCAAACAAAUGUUCAUGACAUUAUAGCCAAAUUUGGAACUCCUGUAGGUAAUACAUUUGGUAUAAAUAAUAUUGGGAUAACCUUCUUUGAUUCAUCCAGUAGUGAAAUGUCUGCUUUUGUAUGUUCGGAUAAUAUAAAUUCCAUCAAUUUACCAGAACCAUUUGUAAAUUUGGAUUGUCAAAGUAGUUUAAAAGAAACAAAUGAAAUCGAGAAGAUGAUUGGAAAUGAAUAUUUAAUUAAAUGUCCUCACGACUGUUUAGAAAGGGAUAUUGAAGAGAGUGUCAUAGGUGGUGAAGGUAAUAUAUAUUCUGAAGAUAGUUCAAUAUGUUUAUCUGCUAUACAUGCUGGGAUAUAUGAUAAGCACUAUUUAAUACAUCUAAGGGUUAUUAAUGCUUUAAAUGAAUAUGGAGGUUUUUUCCAAAAUGGUAUUAUAUCAGAAAGUUUUUUUAAUAAUACCCAAGAAGUUGGAUUUAAAUUAUUUCACGUUCCUCCCAAAUGUCCAAAGGAUGAUAUUACUAGUAAUAUUAAUAAUAAUAAUAAUUAUUAUUAUUAUGAUAAUAAUAAUAGUAAUGCAAUGUUUUCUUUCCUAGAGUUGGACAAUAAAAUGAAUAAUGUUAAUGAUAAAUUUGAUAAUAACGAUUAUACGUAUGUUGACUCUUCUACUGCUGAUGCUAUUAACGAUUUGAUAACUAUAGUAAAUAAGCAAGUUGGUAGCACAGAUACAACUUUUUUAGCAUUAAUAAAUAAACAAUCAAUAAAAAUUAUUUCAAACGCAAGGAGAUAUCUAAAACCAACAGAAAUAUUUGAAAAAAAUAUAGAACUUUUAUCUAAUGAAACACUAAAAGAUGUAGAAAAAGUAUUCAAUUUGAUAAAAGUAUUAUCAUCAAAAAUUAAUUCCGAGUUGGAGAAGAAAAAAUAUAAAUUAGAAAUUUUAGUAGAUGAAAGAUUAAGACAAAAGGAAUUUGAAUCCUGGAAAUUAGAUAAUAUAGAUAACAUUUAUGAUACAUUCGAAAUAAUUAAUUCUGUACAAUUACAACAAAUUGGAAAAUGGAACAUAUUAGAUAAUCCAUUAUAUGAAGGUAUAAAUGGUAUAACAUUAAUUCAAAAUGUACGUGUUUACAAUUCACCGGAAAAUAGUGUGAUCAAUUCAUUUAAUGGAAGUUAUGCUUUUUUAAGAUAUAAAUCAUUUUAUGAUUUUGUAUUCUCAACAUAUGUAAAUAUAAAAGGUGUAGGAUCGGUUGGACUCAUAUUUAGAUCAUAUGACAAAUAUAAUUUUUAUAUGCUAGAAUUAAAUAAUGAUAGACAAAAGAAUGAAUUUAAUAAGAGAUUGCUAAAAUUUGAAAAUAAUAUAGUAACUGAAUUAGCUAUUGUUAAUGGAAAUGAUUUACAAGAAGGAGAUUGGUUUGUAGUUAGAAUAGAAUGUAUAGGAUCUAAAAUAAUCAUAACAGUUCUUAAAACAAAUAAACCUAUAUAUGAAUUACCAAAACCUGAUAUAAUAAUAAAUGAUGAUUUCACUUCCUCUGGAACUAUUGGAUUUUAUACCUAUGGUAUAGAUAAUGUACAAUUUACAAAUAUAACAGUAGAAUCGGUAGAAUGUUCAACAAAGGAAAUAUUAUCAUACAAUAUUUCUCCCAUAAGUUGUAAUAUAUAUGAAGAAUAUUAUGUAGGAAAAUUUAAUAAAUCAUAUAUACCAUUUGAUUCAGAGAAUUCAAAUAGUGGUUCAUCUAAUUGGAAAUUCGCAAAAAAUAUUGGAAAUGAAAAACAUGUUAUACUACAAAAUUCAAAUAUGAAACAAAUAGAAAAUGAAGAACAAAUACCUUCUUUUAUUAUUUUACAAAACAAAAGUUGUCAAACUGGUGUUCUAAAUUUUUCAGUUUAUCCUGAAUGUAGUAAUGGAAUUGUAGGUACUAUGUUCAAAUUUUUAGAUUCCAAAAAUUAUACCAUCUUAGAAAUAGGAUCUGGAUUUACGCGCUUAAGACAAAACGUGAAUGGGAAAUUUCAAUUAUUAUCUAAAUCUAUUAUUUCUGGAUAUAAGGAACACAUAUGGAAUCGUGUAACCGUAUCCUUUAGCUCUAAUAAUAUUAAUGUAAAUUUAGGUACUGGAUUUAUGACAUAUCCUAUAUUUAGUUUAAUUGGAUUACAUUUAUCGGAUGGAGAAUCCGUUGGAUUUACUUCUUAUAAUUGUUCAAAUGUAUCCUUUAGUAAUAUCUAUAUGCAUCCUUUUGAUUUUAAACCUUAUACUCCAACACCUACUUUAGAUACUGAAAGUUUCUUACCUCCAAUUUUCUCAAAAUUUGACCAAGCUACCAUAAAAGAGGAAGAUCAAUCACAAGACAUGGGAUACAAACAAAUAGGUGACAAUAAAAAUUCUGAUAUUAGUAAAGAUUCGCCAAUAGAUAAACAUUCCUUUGAGGAUUCGACUCGUCAAAUGAAGAAGGAUGCUUAUUAUUGUGCUACUCAUAAAAAUAUUGUUGAUAUAAUAAAUUAUUGUAAUCAAUAUGAUAAAGAAAAUGAUAAUUGUACAAAUGAAUUCUGUACUAUAUGCUGUAAUAACAUAGAUACAAAAGAGGAAGAAGAUAUUAGAACAUGUGAAAUUUUAUGUCAAAAAUUGGAUGAUAAAAUUCUUCAAACAUCUGAAGUUUUGAAUUAUCUUAAAAAAUCAUGUAUUGAAUCUCCAAAUGAAGAAUUAAAAAAAUCCUGUGAAGAUGAUAAUGAUAAAGAAGAAUGUUUGAUAGAAAUGUGUGAAAUGUGUUGUCAAUCUGUUACUAUACCGGACGAUUUGUUAACUAGCCAUAUGGAUAUUGAUUCUUUGACGAAUCACUGUAUAUCGUUAUGUGAUAAACCAUGA